GAUGAUGAUGAUGAUGAUGAUGAUGAUGAUGUUUAUACUUUCGAUUACCUCAAUGAUCCUUAUAUUUUGCCGUUUAACUGUCAAUCUUUUUAGUAUAUCGGUUUCCGUUUUUAUCAAGGUAUAUAUGUUCUGUUGGUCAUAAUAUAUUGACAUUAAAUCACUUUUGCAACUAUUAUGAAUACAAAUUUCCUGUAUACAAAUGUAUGUGGUUAGAUCGUAAGAGUGAAAAAAAAUUCUUAAAAGCAUCUCUAUAACAAGAGAUGCAAAUAGUAUUGUAAAAUCAUUAACUUGUGAUUCAAUGACGUUAGAGGAUAGGUUCAAUCCUAUCUCUUCACUUAAUGAAAGUCAAUUAACUCCAUUAAACCAUUAUGGUCCUGUCACAGCUUUAAAAAUUCAUAAUGAAUAUGUUUUAGCUGGUAAUGGUUCUAUUUUAAAGGUAUUUAAAGUUGAUCAAAAUAGUAAAACUACCCUUAUUUUCAAUAAACAAGUACUUAAAAGAAAUAAGAUUCAUAAUAUUUCAAUAAGUCCAAGUAGAAAAUACGUGAUAAUUAAUGGUGGGAGAUCCUUUGUGGUUUUAGACUUCAAAAUCUUGAUAUCAAAUAAUCUUGAUCAAUUCGCAAUCAUAGAGAAGGCAGUCAAUGAAUGGAUUAUAACCGCUGAAUUUAUUAGUGACGAUAUACUAUUAAUCUUAAAUUCUCAUAAUACAGUAUAUAAACUUGAUGUUUCAUCACCAGAUCAACACUUCAAAUUGCUCGAUAAAAUACAUUGUAAUGAAAAAUCAAUCUUAUACAGUGGAUCAAUUACAAAAAUAAGUGAUGAAAAAGUCAUUAUAGCAGCAGGAACAGUCAUGAAUGGUUGUAUAAUCUGGGAAUUGAAUUCAAAGACAAUUUUACAUAACUUAACUGAACAUGAAGGAUCAAUUUUUGGGGUUAAAGUUGACUCUGAAGGAAAAUAUAUCAUUUCAUGUUCAGAUGAUAGAUCAAUCAAAUUAUAUGACUUUGAAAGUGGUCACUUAUUUGCUACUGGUUGGGGUCAUGGAUCAAGAAUUUGGAAUCUUUCGUUCUUUAAGGAUACUACAAAUGGUGUUAAAAUAAUGAGUGCUGGUGAAGAUUGUACUUUAAGAAUUUGGAAAUAUAUCCCAAACCAAGAGACUUUACAACAGUUAGAGUUAUGGGAAGAUGCCCAUAGAGGGAAACAUAUCUGGUCUGCUGAUAUUGAUGAUACAAACUUAAAAGUUUGUGUUUCAGGAGGAGCUGAUGGUAAAAUAAGACUUCAUGACUUAUCUAAUCGAGGACAACUAACUAAUUAUAAUCUUUCAUUCAUAUCUGAACAAUGCAAAAUAGCAUUUAAAAAGAAAGAGGUCAUCAAAAGCUUUACGGAGUUAGAACAACUAAACUUGUUAAUAUUGGUAACUUCUGGGGGAAGUAUUAUCUUAGUUGAUCAAAUUCAUAACAAAUUCAAAUCAGUGGAUUUAUCUUUAGAUGAACAUCAAAAGUUGGAUGGCUUUGGUCUAAUUCAAUCCUUCUCGGACAUUAAUGUUGUUACUAUAUGUAGUGUUCAUGGUGACUUAUUAUUUUUGAAAUUCACUGAUUUCGAUUCAGAACCUACUAAAUCUUGGAUUGAUGAUCUGAUCUUAGGUAAAAAUAAAGUAACUAAUUUCAUGGUGGCUAGCAAACCAAAUUCCAACUUACACUAUUUAUUCAUCGACUGCCCAAAUCCAAGAAUACCAUUCAUAUUAAGAGAAUUCAAGUUUGAUGAAGGCAUCUUCGAGUUACAGAGAAUUUUACUAUUAGAACAACCAAAUCAAACAAGUUUCACCACAACCAGCAUGUCCAUAGAUUUUACAAAUAAUUGGUUGUUUGUGGCUUCUAGAUAUGUAUCAUUGGCCGCUUAUGAUUUGAACACUACAAAGCUAGAACUGAUCCCAUUACUGGCUCUUCAUAAAAAGAUAUCUGCUGGAGAUUCUAUAACCAGCAUUUCUAUAAUUGAGUCAAAAGAAAACGAAAUCACUUUACUCACCAUCGUCAGAGAUGGUAUUUACAUGUACAUCAAAUUUGAUCAACACUUUAAAAUGUCCAUAGUCCAUAAAAAUCAUAUUUCAAGAGGAUUCAUAGAAGGUGGUUAUUUAAAAGAUAAUGAAUUGAUACUUUAUGGAUUUAAAUCAUCAGCAUUUUAUAUUUGGAAUGAAACCAGACAAUUGGAAAUCACAAAUGUCUUAUGUGGUGGUGCUAACAGACUUUGGAAAGUAAUUAAAUAUUCAACAGGUUUACCCUUGGAUUAUAAAUUCUUAUUCAUUAAUAAGUCAGAAUUAAACAUAUUUGAGUUCAAAGGAAGAUUCAUAGACGACAGAUUUGGUUUAAUUAAUGAUGGUACUCAUGGUCGUGAAAUCAGAGAUGUGUCAAUUUCUCCAAGUUUGUUCACCGAUAAUUCACGAUUAAUCAUGUCAGCUUCAGAAGAUACAACUUUAAAUUUAAGUAAAUUAUAUCAAGAUGGUGCUGUUAAAAACAUAUGGAAUAUAAAUAGACAUGUUUCUGGAUUACAAAGAAUCAAGUUCUUGAAUGAUACGUAUGUCGCAAGUUCAGCUGCAAAUGAAGAAUUUUACAUUUGGAAAUUGGAUACUUUUAAUAAGAAUAUUCCAUUAGUUGUGGAAUAUGCAAAGUUAGCUCCAAGUAUUGAGAAUCCUGACGUUCGUAUCAUGGAUUUUGCUUCAAUCCCACUCAAAGAAGGUUUCUUGAUUGCAACAGGUUAUUCGAAUUCAGAUAUUAAGCUUUGGUAUUUCAACACUGAAACUGCUAAGUUUGAAUUAUUAGUAAGUGACACUUAUUCAACAUUCUGUAUCUUGAAUAUAGAUAUUUUAACAUUUGAUGAUAAAAUAUAUAUUCAAACUACAACUACAGAUGGUUUCUUUUCAAUUUUCGAAGCAUCAGAAGCUAUUGAAUCACAAAGUCUAAAAGUUCCUGGGUUUGACAGAGUGAUUAUAAAACAAGAACUUCAUCAAAAUGCUGUUAAGGCUGUUUUUUUGAAAAAGAUCAAUGAAAACCACUUUAAAGUCUUUACUGGUGGUGAUGAUAACGCUCUUGUUUUAAGUGAAAUAAUUUAUGAUGGUUCUUUAAACUUUAAAACCCUUAGUUUUGUUGAAGAUGCUGCAUCAUCUACAAUCACAUCUAUAUCAGAAGGUAUUGAUGAGACAAUAAUAGUUACAUCAGUAGACCAAAUCUUACGUAAAUGGUCUUAUAAAGGUGAUUCAUUGCAAUGCGCUUCGGCGGUCUAUACCACGAUUGCUGAUACUGGUUGUUCAGACUCAACUACGUUUAAUAAUGAAAAAUUAAUUGUUGCCGCAGGAGCUGGUUUAAGUUCAUGGAAAAUAUAAUAUAAUGAAAAUAUUUGUAUAAUUAACAGU